ACAGACUGCCAGAACAUCAAUUGGCAGACGGCAGCAGGAAUAGGCUGCCGGAACGUCAAUUGGCAGACGGCGGCAGGAAUUAGACUGCCGGAACGUCAAUUGGCAGACGGCGGCAGGAAUAGACUGCCGGAACGUCAAUUGGCAGACGGCGGCAGGAAUAGACUGCCGGAACGUCAACCGGCUGACGGCUGGAAUAGACUGCCGAAGCCCUGCGUGUAAUUCGGCGAAGCAGCUUCGUCGCCUAUGUCUUUAGCAGUAGCGUCUCGGACCGCGUGCUUCGUUCCGUCCUCCCAACCUGGCACACGACCACUCCCCGCGACUCGCGCUUGCUUCGGCAAUGUUGGCACUAGGGCGGAGAUCGACCCACUAAAUCGCAGGGACGCGCUUAAAGCGCAGAGGGACCCCUUUAAUCGCAGGGACGCGUCAAAGGCGGACGCGUUAAAGGCACAGAGGGACCCCUUCAAUCGUAUCGUUAGUUUAGAGGAGAACCCGGCUCUCAACAGUAGCAGUGAUGACGUCAGAAUUGAUGUCAGAAAUGACGUCCGAGAUGGCGUCCGUGAUGACGUCAAAGAUGACGACGACGGUGGGAUCUCGCUGGAUCCGCUGCGCGAUCUAAGGCCGACGUUGAUUGGCUCAACGUGGCAGCGGGAAUCGUGGCGGCGGAAGAAGCGGCCGGUGAAGACGCCGUGCCGCCGGAGAAGGCGCGUCCGUCGCUGGUUGAGGAAAUGAUUUCGGCUUGGAAGAACGAGCGGAGAAGGCGGCGGGAGGGGAACUGGAUCGUUGACACUCCGCGCGCCAUCCCCACUUCCUCCCGCCCGGAUCCCCCCUGCCCUGACUGCAGGGGGAGCGGGCGAGUGGAGUGCACCAGAUGCUGCGGCCGAGGCCGCACCAACCACAUUGACCUGGUUAUGCUCCCUACUGGCUCCUGGCCCCGAUGGUGUUGGUUCUGCAGGGGCAGCGGUCGCUGCUACUGCGCCCGCUGCCUUGGCACCGGGCAGAAACGAGGGAUAAUUGGAUUUCACUGAAUUUAUUGCAUUUGAGGCGCCUUGUUUUGAGGCGUCUCAAGCAGUCUUGGCAUGGGGCUCCUCAUCUUGAGGUGUGUGAUUUGCUGGCACCAUACAAUGAGCCAGCAGGAUGAAAGUGGUGCUGUGUCAUGCAGAAGAGAAGGAUCGGUCAAUGCCUAGUUCAAGGUGGUCUCAACACUCAUGUAGGUUAGUUGCUGUAGCCUGUACUGUACAAAUGUAAUUUUUUGAAAGCGUGUAACGCUGUCUAAAAAAUGUGUGUUGUGAAAAUGUAGUGAGGGCCAAUGCAGCAAAGGUAGCGUCAAAGCGC